UACAAGGAUGAGUUUGAGAUGUCUCCGUCUAGAAUUGAAAUAUCUAGCUCGUAAGGCUGACUGCAAAGGAGUUUCUACCCCGAAGUGAUCUGGCGAAGAGCAAACUGUGAGAGCAAAUUUGCACGAAUGCAACGAAGCUUGAGGAACACCGGAUGCCCAUGGCAUGAUGCCUGGAAAGAGACAGCUUCGACUGGAGUGAGGAGUUAGACAGAGGAGAGGACAGGAGUGGAGAGGAGUGACCAGAACGCUACACUCUACCCUACCCCUAGGUAGCUGCUGCAGUGUGGCUGUGCAUUGCGGUGCCACUCUCAAACCCCACUGUGAUAUUCCUCAGCCUGGCAGGAACCAUGCCGGCCCUGGCCACCGGAUCUGGAAAUGACUCAGAUCUGUAUGAGCUGCUGUCUGCCCUGCCCUCCCAGCUCCAGCCCCAUGUUGACAGCCCGGACGACAGCACCUUUAUACACCACAUGUUCGGAGAGAGGAGCCUCCACUCGCUGGUCAAGAUCCACGAGAGGCUGCAGCACUAUGAGCACCGUAGUCCUGCCCCCGUCAUGGACAGCGCAGGGUCCCUAGCCACUGACAUGAAUGUGGUACCUUCAAGCCUUUGGAAAUUGCCCCCAUGGAUGAACCAGACAUAUGGAGGUCUACUUUUUCUUCUGAGGUUUUGGCUGAUUUCUUUUGAUUUUCCGAUGAUGUCAAGCAAAGAGGCACUGAGUUUGAAGCUGUCUGAGGAACUGCAGGUUAAAGGUGGCAGUGGAGGAAUCGGAGAGCUGCUAAAACUACUGGCUAAACCCCACGUCAAGAGUCUUCUGUCCGUCCAUGACACGGUAGCCCAGAAGAGUUAUGAUCCCGAUCUGCCUCCGUUGCCCGAUGACAUCGAUGAUGACGAGGAGUCAGUGAAGAUCAUACGACUGGUCAAGAACAAGGAGCCUCUCGGAGCCACAAUAAAGUGUGAUGAGCAAACAGGAGCCAUCCUUGUUGCCAGGAUCAUGCGAGGUGGCGCUGCAGAUAGAAGUGGUCUGAUCCGUGUAGGCGACGAACUGAGGGAAGUGAACGGGAUUCCUGUGGAUGACAAGAAGCCUGAUGAAAUCCUCCGCAUUCUGGCCCAGUCUCAAGGGGCCAUUACGUUUAAAAUAAUACCAGGUAUCAAAGAGGAGGCGCCGAGCAAGGAGCCCAAGAUGUUUGUGAAGACACUGUUUGACUACGAACCAGCGGAGGACAAAGUCAUCCCGUGUAAGGAGGCGGGUCUGACCUUCAAGAGGGGAGAUAUCCUUCAGAUCAUGAGCCAGGAUGAUGCAACCUGGUGGCAGGCCAAACAAGACAGCCAUGCCAACCCCCGUGCCGGCCUCAUACCCUCCAAAGAGUUCCAGGAGAGAAGAGUUGCACUGCGUCAGCCCGCCGCCCAUGUUUUUCAGGCCCAGAAGAUCUCCAACAGAAGAUCAUCUGGUUUUCGCCGGAGCUUCCGCCUCAGCAGGCGAGACAAGAAGACCAACAAAUCCAUGUAUGAGUGUAAGAAGAGUGAGCAGUACGACAUGGCUGACGUGCCCACCUACGAGGAGGUGACUCCCCACUGCAGGCAGAGUGGGGCCAAGCACAGGCUUGUGGUCCUCGUCGGUCCCACGGGGGUAGGUCUAAAUGAGCUGAAGAGGAAGCUGCUGAUCUCUGACCCCCGACACUUCAGCGUUACCGUGCCACACACCAGCCGGCCGAAAAGGACCCAGGAGAUUGACGGAGUGGAGUAUCACUUCAUCUCCAAAAAUAUAUUUGAGACGGACAUCCAAAACAACAAAUUCGUAGAGCAUGGUGAGUAUAACGGGAACUACUAUGGGACCAGUCUGGACUCUGUGCAUUCUGUCCUGUCCAAGAACAAGGUGUGCCUGCUGGACGUUCAGCCUCAUAUGAUAAAGCACUUGAGGACGGCAGAGUUGAAACCCUACGUGGUGUUUGUGAAGCCGCCGCCCAUCGAGCGCCUGCGGGAGACCAGAAGGAACGCUAAGGUCAUCUCAGGCAAGGACGACAAGGGAUCCGCCACGCCAUUCUCGGAGGAGGACUUCCUGGAAAUGGUGAGCACCGGCCAGCAGAUGGAGAGCCAAUACGGCCACUUGUUUGAGAAGGUGAUCGUCAACGACGACCUGACAGCAGCAUUCAGUGAACUGAAUGGGGCUCUGAAGAAGAUGGAGACAGACCCUCACUGGAUACCCAUCAGAUGGACUCACUCCUGAGACCCACGGAGAGAGAGAGACUUUUUGAGAAAGAAGAUUAAAAAGGGAAGGACUUAUUAACAAAGUUGUUAGCAUAUUUAUAUAUUUUACCCUUAUUUCUGCCAUGUGUGUGGUGGGCAUGGUUGGAUAGCAGUGAACUGACUUUAUAUAUUGCACUACCCACAGGGCUCUGGUCAAGGGACUAUGUAGGAAAUGUGGUGCCAUUUUGGGACGAAGCCUGUAUCUCUGUCUGGGUCUUCCACUGGGCCCUGUCCAGCUCAGUCAACAGUCAAUGCACUGGACAUCUUGAGGGUGGGGCUGGUCUGAUCUGGUUUUAGACCACUGCUCUGUCUUCAGAUCGCUUUCACUGUGACUGCCAAUCAGUGCUGUGCCAGUACGUACCGUAACUACGAGCUCCUUCCUUAGUGUGUUUUUUAACAUUAGUUUAUAGAAAACAAAGGGACAGGGCCUUCUGGGUGGCGCAGUGGUUAAGGGCGCUGUACUGCAGCGCCAGCUGUGCCAUCAGAGUCCCUGGGUUCGCGCCCAGGCUCUGUCCUAACCGGCCGCGACCGGGUGGUCCGUGGGGCGACGCACAA